AUGUCCACUCAAUCUCCAUUCGAUCCAGGUUGCGAGUGCCUGCUAUUUGAAAACAACAACAACAUGAACACAAUCAGCACCGGCAGCAUCGAUCCCAACAACGACAACGACGAUGACGACAACGGCAGCAACAACAACGACAACUUGUUCACGUCAAUAUUGUAUCCAUUAAGUUACCCUGUAGGAAUCGCCUGCAUAUUGUACACUUUUGUUGGUGAGCAGCAUGAGCUCAUUGAGAUAUCAUUCGUCUAUUUCAAUCUGAGGAAACCUGUUAAUGGGAAGUGCGUGGAUUACGUGCGUCUGCACUUAGACCUGGAAAGGCCCGAAAUAAUUGAGGGUGGUGGUGCCGUCGUGGUAGAGUUGUGUGGCAGCCAGGAAGAGGCAAUCUCUGCCGGGGCAGCCACUUACUACUCCUCCAAACGCACCAUGGUCCUCGAGUUUCAUUCUGAUCCGAGAGAUGACGAAAGUGAAGUUGGAGAGAUGAAACGAAAUAACAACGGAACUCUCACAAGUCCGAAAUAUUUGACGGCUGGUGAGGCUCAUGUUGGUGGUUCUCCCCGAGAAACUUCAACGCAUCGUCAUCAUCUGCUACAACAACACGAACAGUGGAGCUUGCCUAAUGAUGAUCAUCAACAACAGCACAACCAACAACGAAAACAGCAGCAACAGCAAAAACAGCAGCAGCAACAACAACAGCACUUAUCAAAACAACCACAAAGACAACAAACAGAUCAACGACAUCAACAGCCACAGCCAAAACUGCAACAACGAAAAUUAAAACCACGCAAACAACAACAAAACGGAAAUAGUUUUGUUCAAACAAGUACACCUCCUUAUCAACAAAACAACAACCAACAACAAAAUUUCAGCAAAACAAAAAUUUUAAAAAAGAAAAUCAGUGCUGGAAAUCUGAGAAAAGCUCGAAAUAAUGAUGAGGAGGAGGACGAAGACGAUGAUGAAGAAGGUGCUAAUGAUGACGAUGAAGAGGAUGAUGAUGAAGAAGAUGAAGAUGAUGAUGAUGAAGAAGCUGAUGUUGAAAAAGAAAAUGAUGAGAAGAUCCAACUUCAGAAAGGAAGUAAACAUGACAACAUUCAUAGCUACGAUACAAACAACAAACAACUUAACCGAAAUAACUCCAUUGUCGGAAACAAAAAUAACAGCAACAGCAACAAAACUGAAACAAAUGGUCAUCAAAGAGAUGGGAUGUUGCAAGGCUCCAACGGCUGCUUUGGCUUCCUCGCCAAAUAUAGAUUCAUUGACAAAAAUGAGCCUUAUUUCGAUUUUUCACAAAUCAUCUUUGAUGCAGAGGAAUUUGAAUGGACGGGCGCCAUCAGACGUUACGGCAGUGAGUGCGAUGCAGACUUCCACAGCAAUCGAAAUUUAAAGAAGGGACAAUUUUUCAGUCCUCUCUAUCCGCGGAGCUACCGCCAAGGAGUCUCGUGUAGAUACUUAUUCAGGGGGGCACCAGGCGAGUUGUUUUUAAAAUUUUGUUUGCGCUCGUCCACAUAUUUUCGAUGCUUGUGUUUAUUUGUGUUCGGUCGUGCCUGCGUCUCUUCGUUUGAGGUUUACGCUCCUUGA